AUGCCCCUCCUCUCUAGGCUUCGUCCCGAAGCCAACGACUGCUGGCGACCGGGAGCUCUGGCACCCCUUCUUCUUCGAGGUUUCUGGAGUCCUAACACGCCUCCCAAUCGAAAUAGCGGGGAAGAAGCCAUCUCCCUGGACGAGGAGGCUGCUGCCCUACAAGCUGCGGCGGCCGCGAAAUUUGCCGAAAGGAGCGCCGCUGCUGCCGCCGAGUUUGCCGCGGAGAGCGCCGCUGCUGCCGAAAAGAGCAGGCUUGCGACCGCCCGUCGCCGACGGGUCCACCGCCAGCGUGUCGCCUUUCAAGCCAAAAUCUCGAGACUCGUAGCCCACGAGGAUGCCGCUGUCGCGGAGCUGGAAGAGGAGGAGCGGCUCGAGCCCCUGGCGGCCCCCGAGGCGGCACCCCCCGUAUCGCUCUUCUCCACCGAUUGGGGAGCGGUAGACAUUGACCAAGCGCUGGCCUUUGGCUCCCCCGAGCCCUUGCCUUCCCUUUUUUCGGGCUAG